GUAUUUUCCUGCAUCAGUUUGUCUUCUGAAGGUGAUUUUCCAUCAUGGCAGCAAUGAAAUCUGCCUUGUCUAAGGAUCAGGAGAAGCAGCUCCUCUCUCUUCUCGGUCGUGUCAAACUCCAUCUGCUCCACAAAGCCAGCAUCCAUGGGUUCACUGCUGAUGUCUUCCACAGACACUGUGACAGUCAAGGGCCCACGGUUAUUGUAGCCUACAAUGCUGCCGGGUUCAUCUAUGGAGCCUACACCUCCAAAGAUUACACUCAAGGUGGAAAUGGUGUCAAUGAUGAGAAGACAUUUCUCUACAGUAUCAGUGCUGAGAGAAACAAACCACUGAGGGUAGCAGCUAUCAGCGGGCAGUGUGCUUUCACUGAUGGAGGCACCGGUCCAAAUUACGGUGCUCUGGUUUUCUUACAUGAUAACAAACCUGAAGUGCAGUCAAAUCCAGGCACAGGCUUCAACUUUCAGGCUGCAGAUAUGCAUGGAAAUGACUUGACACUGACAGAGUUCGAGGUGUAUCGAGUUGAAGACCUAGAAGAUCUCUUGCCCAAGGCCUGGAGGAACAUCGAAUGGACAGCUGAAAAAAAACAGCAACUGAUGAAGGCUAUCCUGAACUAUAAGCCUGACAUCAAAACAGUACACCAAGCCCGUGUGUUGUUGGUAGGCCCGAUUGGAGCAGGCAAGUCCAGCUUCUUCAACUCCAUCAACUCAGCAUUUCGAGGCAACAUGACUUCCCAAGCCAUUGCUGGCACAGCGGGGGCGAGUGUGACCACUCAGUUUCGCACUUACACCAUCAAGGCAGGGAAAGGUGGUUGCGUAGUCCCACUGAUCCUCUGUGACACAAUGGGGCUGGAGGAAAAUGGUGGUUUGGACAUUGAGGACUUGGUCAACAUCUAUAAAGGUCACAUCAAGGAUCGCUACCAGUUUAGCACAUCUGGCCCUAUUCUAACAGAUGCUCCUGGCUAUAAGAAGCAUGUGACUCUGAGUGACAGGAUUCACUGUGUGGUGUAUGUGGUCGACACCUGCAAGGUCUCUAUUCUCAGCCAAAAAGUGCUGGAAAAACUUUGUGCCAUCCGGAGAAAGACUAAUCAGCUGGGAAUUCCUCAGCUGUUGCUGAUGACUAAAGUGGACGAGGCCUGUCCGCUGGUGGCGGAAGACUUAAAGAAUGUUUAUCGCAGUUUUUACAUCCAGAAGAAGGCGCGUGAGCUGAGUGAGUCUCUGGGCAUCCCGUUAUCCUGUAUACUGCCGGUGAAGAACUACAGUGAGGAGCUGGACCUGGACCAGGACACUGACAUUCUACUGUUUGGUGCUGUGCAGCAGAUGCUGAACUUUGCAGACAGCUUUUUUGAGAACCAGGCUGAAAGUCAGGAAGGGAAUGAUCAGAUGGAGCUUUACAGAUCCAGUGAUAUUUCCCGCCCUGAUUAUCGAGAACAGAAAGAACAUCAGAUUAUUUGAAAUCCAAAACAUAUAAGCUUCCCAAACUGCCAAUUAAUUAGGUUCUCCAUAA